AAUUUCAAUGUAUUUUUUUAAUAAAAGGUAUUGUAUCCAACAUACCAUCAGCUGUGUAAUACAUAGUGAGCUCUUCUUCACAGGCUCUAGGAUACCGGUACUUGUCCUUUUUUAUAGCCUCAGCUGUUUUCAAUGCAGUACUUGAUCAACACAGGAAGAUGUGUCAGUGUCAUAAUAACACAAAUAAUAGCACAUCCACCAGUGCAGACCAUGCACCUCUGACAGCAAUAAAAGUUAAGCAUAUAGAGUAAAAGAAACAUAUUCCAUCAAAUAAAUGAAAUAAUGUGUACUUGAUUUUGAAUCCUGAUUACAAGUGAUCAGUUCAGUGAGUCCAAGCUUUUGUUAUACAUGUCUGUAUUAGUGUUAAACCAAUGACAGAGACAUGCUACAAAAAUAAUACAUGUACUAUAAGUACUACCAAUGGCAUAAGCUCAUGUACACAUCACUCUCUAAUUGUGUACUGACAGUAAUGAUGAUACUGACGUCAUUUGUAACAUUUAUAUAGCCUCACUAGCCAGACCAUUCCCUAGCCUACAACAUUUAUACUAAACACAGCAAAUUUUUCAAACAUGUCAAAAGCAAUCAACAGUGAUGCAUUCCCUGUCAUCUACAUGUACAUGUUUAUCAUGUUAUGAUAGCAGAGUAACCACACACAGUCUAGUCAAUUUGAGUAGGUGUAACUGUUGUAGCUUGUAGGCACAAAGAAGAAUAACAGCAACACUGCUUUAAGUUAAUUCUUAUUUCUCUUAGUAAUACUAAUGGCUACUGGUAUCUAUUGGUGCUUUGUAUUGACUGGGAGCUUUACUCUUGUUGUAUCUUUACAGUUUAGCCAAACAGUUCCUAAUGCUGGUACAGUGCCAUGUCCUGGUGAUAGAGUAGAGCUUACUUGUAUAACUGAUACUGGUGCUGUAUUUUGGAGAGCACAAAAUAAUGCUGGAACACGUGAAUUAACAAGUACUGGUCAAUCUGUAAUGGAAGGGAAUUUCCUUCUGUCCGUGAUUGCUGUCAAUGGUAACAUGGUAACAAGUACUGCUACUAUUGAAUCAGUUAAUAUAUCAUUAAAUGGCACUACAAUUGGAUGUUCAGAUGAAUUUAAUGGAAUGACAGAUAGUUCUGUGUAUCUACAUAUUAAUGUCACAGGUCCACCAUUAUUACCUGUUAAUAAUAUAACAGUUAAACUAAUGACUAAUAGUGCCCUAGCCAUAAAUUGGACAGAACCACAACAGUGUAUAAAUCAUUAUAUCAUUACAAUAACCAGUAAUAACACAAACACUGAGAGCAGCACUGUCAACACUUCAUCGGCAACUAUUAAUAUUAUUAUUGGUACCAAUUAUUCAUUCAUUAUAAUUCCUAUUGAUACUAUUGGAAGAGAAGGACCUCCUUCAUCAUUAAUACAGUAUAUAUGGAAUGUACCGGCUCAAGUUGUUAAUAUUAGUUGGUAUCAAAUAUCAACUGAUAGCGUCACAAUAUGGUGGAAUAACAAUGAAGCAAGUUAAUUGAUGUUAAAUUGUUGGUAAUAACUUUUAUUAGGAUACUACAACAUUACGUCCUCCUAUUGAGUACUACAUUAUAAAUGUAUACAUUACAACAAUUUGUAUCAAUAGUUGUUCUGUGUACAGUUAUAAUGUAACUGAUACUAAUACUACUAUUACUGAACUAUCUCCAAUUAAUGAAUACUACACUGUUACUAUCACACCUGUUAAUGUUAUUGGAUAUGGACUAUCAGUCACUGUUAAUGUCAGUAUAACUGCUACUACAUCAAGUAUCACUAACAUUAUAAUGAGUACUACUGAAUUUAUCACAACACAAGAUAGAAGUUUAGUUAUGACAACAGUCACAGAAACACAACUAAUCACAACAACUGAAACAAUAAUAAGCAGUUACAUUGAGAGUUAUGCUUCAUGUAAUACUACAGGAACUGUACGAUCAACAAGUGUAGGAUCUAUUUGUGGCUAGUUAAUACAUUAAGUGCAUCUAAUCUAUUACACACACACACAGAGUUGUUAUUGCUGUACCUAUCACUGGUCUAUUAACUGCACUUAUCACUGCAAUAAUUACUAGUAUCAUUGUAUGCUUAAUAAUGAAAAAGAGAGGGACUACAAUACAAAAUAAAACU